AUUAAGAGAGAGAGAGAGGGAAAAAGAAAAGAGAGAAGAGCGGGACACUGAAAAAAUAAAUUUUUUUCGAGGGGGUCCAUUAUUUUCUUCUUGUUUUGCUUCAAAGCCCUAGAUCCAUAAAUUCCUUUUUCCCGCCCAAAACCCAUCUUUCAAGAUUGACCCUGAUGCCUCAAUCGGUUGGUCGAUGAUAUCUUCCGAUGGAUCCAAAGCCGCUCAGAAUCUGAAGCUCCGGUGCUGGUUCGACCACUUCCAUUCGGUAUUUCUCAAAGAGAUCUGCGCCCACGAGAAUAGUCUCCGGCCAAUCCCUCCGAUCCUCGGCGACGACGGCCGCUGCGCCGACCUUUUUAAGCUCUUCCUCGUCGUCCGCGAGAAGGGCGGCUGCAAUGUCGUGUCGAAAAAGGGGCUCUGGGGUUCCGUCGCCGAGGAGUCCGGUCUCGGCCUGAACUUCGCUGCCGCCGUCAAGCUCGUCUACAUCAAGUACUUGGACACGUUCGAGAGAUGGUUGGAUAGGAUUUUCGUUGAGGAGAAGAGCGGAAUCUGUUGCUUGAGCAUUAGCUCCGAUGUGGGCCGCUAUUUGAUGGAGCUUAAAGCCGAGUUCAAGGGCUUUCUCAAGUCCUUUGGCGACGAAGAUGUCGUGAUCUUGGAGCCGGAGACGGUCGAUCAGGAGAGUUUUUCUCGAAACAAGAAGAAGAGAAAGAAAUGUGGUGGUGAUGAUAAUGGUGAUUGUGUGUUGGAGUUGGAUGGAGAGAAGGGCUCUGAUGAAAACUCUAAUCUUGGACUAAAAGACGGUGACCGCGACUCGUCGUCGUUUACCGGGAUUCUUGAUUGGAUUAUGGUGGUUGCGAGAGAUCCCUGCGACCCCGGCGUCGGUUCAUUGCCGGAGCCUUUGAAGUGGAAGUAUCAUGACAAUCAGGAGAUUUGGAAGCAGGUCUUGUUGGCUCGAGAGGCCAUCUUUCUAAAACGGAAUUUGGAUUCGGGUUCUGAGCACUCUACUUGGCAGAAAAACCAGAGGAUGCAUCCAAGCAUGUAUGGUGAUCAACUAGGGUCAAAUUACAAUCUCAGAGAGAGGAUGAAAUGCGGCAGGAAGCUUCUCAAUGGGAACACAGCAUCUCAAAGAGAAGCUGAUUCAGAGUCAUCCCAAGCCACCAGUGAGUUGGAUAGAAGCGUAUCAGGAUCCGAUGAUCAGAUUGACAAGCUUGGAACAGCCGAAUCUUCUGUGCCUGCUUCUUUGAUUGAUAGAUACAAUCCAAGCCGCAUUCCCAUUGGGCAAGCCUUUCAAGCUGAAGUACCGGAAUGGACUUGGGAGACAUAUGAAAGUGACACUAAGUGGUUGGGUUCCAAGGCUUGGCCACUGGACAAAUCAGAGCAAAAGUUUCUUGUUGAAAGGGAUCCUAUUGGAAAGGGAAGGCAAGAUUCUUGUGGAUGUCAAGAGGUGGGUUCUGUGGAAUGUGUGAGAUUUCACAUUGCUGAGAAACGGUUGCGGGUAAAGCGGGAAUUGGGAUCAGCUUUUUAUGUGUGGAGAUUCGGUUGGAUGGGAGAGGAAGUUCAUAUGUCAUGGACAAAGGAUGAGCAGAAGAAAUUUAAGGACACAGUAAGCUCAAAUCUGUCAUCUCUCGAGAGUAGUUUUUGGGAUCAGAUUGUCAAGGCUUUUCCUACCAAGAGCAGGGCUGAUUUGGUGAGCUACUACUACAACGUCUAUAUUUUGCGCCGUAGAGCACAUCAGAACCGGUUUACUCCAAGUAAUAUUGACAGUGAUGAUGAAGAAUCGGAACCUGGUUUAGUGACAAAUGGUUUCGGGCAUGAAGCACCCAAUUCGAAAAAGUCCAUCUUGUUGACCCCAAACAAACAGCAAAAAAAAUAGCAGAUAGAAUUUGAAUGGAGCUUAGAAUUAAUUCCUAUUGAAGACCUGUAAAGCCUUGCAGUCGUGGUUUGAAUGACGAUUUUUGACAUGAACAUACCAUUUUUCACCUUGCAGCAGAACAAGAGCCCUCACUGCCUUUAGAUGUUAAGGUUUGCUUUAUAAACAUUGUUUUUGUUCAAUGCUCAGAAGUGGGUGGUGCAGAAGAGAGAAAGGAAUAACAUCAAGGGUACUUUGAAGCAGCAAAACUGCAAAGAUUCAAAGCAAAGCCUAUUCUGGUUAUGCUUUCAAAUUUUGAAAUCUUAUUCCUGUCUAUUCUUCAUGAUUACUACAUCAAAUACAUAAUACUUCUCCAUUUGCUCAGUGUUAUAUUUCUUUCGUCUCUGAGAGCUAGACUGACCUAAAAG